UUUUGACGUAGUGGGACGUGUUGGCGCUUAGGCCGUUUGUCUGUCUACUUGCAACAAAAACUUCGUAGACCUAAAAUUAAAUUGUGAAUGCAUUUUAAAUUAUUUGUUUUAAAAAUUAUAAUAACCCGUUCGAAUUUCAUACCAAAAAGCCAAUUAUAGUGAUUUACUUAAAAGUAUUUUUUUUAUUUAAUUCAAUUAAAAGAUAUAAAAGUUAAAUUUGUUAUUGAAGUAAAUUAAGUGAAUGCGCGGUGUAUGAGUGAAAAAGGGCAUCAGCUUUUUCGUUGGCGGCCUAUUUGCGAGUUGUGUAUUUAUCUAUUUAUUUAUAACAUAUACGCAUACAUAUAUACACAUGCAUGUAAAAGUGAAAUUUCUUGGAGUGACAGCAGCAAAACAAUGCGAAGUGAAAGAGAAAAUGAAGAGGCAAUAAGCUGUGCGAAAGGGGGAAGAAAGGGGAUAUACAAACAACAACUGUAAAUGCUACGUUUUUUUGGGCACAUUCCAAGCCUGAAAAAUGAGCGCCUCUAUUGGAACACUGGAGCUUAACUACAACAACAACAACAUUAGUAAUAUAAAUAACAACAAAAAUAACUUCAGAUAUGCCAACAACAUGCACAAAUACAAACAAAACUCAACUAUGGAUGAUUCCCUGAUACACGGAAUAGGCUCAGUCGCCGUUUCCGCCAACUGCCCGCAGCUAAUAAAGAGCAACAGCUACGACGGCACAAGCAUACGUUUUCCACUGGAAGCCAACGCCAGCGCCAGCUGCGACUUGGGUAUUCCAUUGACGACAGCCGAUGGCAACAGCUGUGCGGAGAAUGCCAUUGAGGAGAGCAGCGAAUGUGAUGCGUUUCUCAUUGUGAAUCCCAGCGCUGGCAGCAGCGCCAGCAAUCGGCGCAAUCACACUCGCUCCGCCUCCUCCUCCUCCUCGUCCUCCUGCGCCGCCUAUUUACGCCGCAAUUCCUGCUGGCUGCGAGCGCACGCAUUCAUCAUGCGCAACUGGUACCUCAGCUAUUUGGUGCCCAUCGCUCUGCUGGGUCUCUUCCUCGUCGUUGGCUACCUGACGCGCAACUAUGCCAAGCAGUUGCUCUUCUGGAUCGAAACGCAGAAUCACUGGAUUAUCUUCAUCAUCUUCAUGGCGCUCUUCACACUUGUCAGCUUCCCCGUUGCCGUGGGCUACCUUGUGCUGCUGAUAACCGCUGGCUACCUGUUCGGCUGGUGGCGCGGCUGGCUAACGGUACUACUUGGCGCUAAUGUAGGCAUAGCCAUAGCUCAUCUCACCAUAAGAAGCUGCCGGCAUCGCAUCGCAGUGCAUAAACUGAUCAAAAAUGAGACUGGACGGGCUAUACUGCGCGUGAUAUCUGGACCCAAAGCGUUUCGAGUGGUGCUCUUUACGCGUCUAACGCCCAUACCAUUCGGACUGCAGAACGUCAUCUUUGGAAUCAGUUCCAUUAAGGCUCGCGACUAUCAUUUGGCCACAUUUCUGGGUCUGUUGCCCGCUCAAACGAUAAAUGUUUAUCUGGGCUCCACGCUGCGUUCGAUGCACGAGGUGCUUAAUGAUCACAAUACCAAAGUGACGGGCUACAUUAGUUUUGUGAUCGAGGUAAUUUGUGGCGUUGCUCUGAUGUUUUGGGUAGUGCAAAAGGCGCGCAAGGAGCUCUCGGAGACUUUGCUGAACUCGGACUAUGAGAACGAUGGCAAACCCAUCGAUAUACAAGUAUAGCAAAAGGAGAGCAGCCCAACUCAACAGCAGCAACAACAACAUCAACAGCAAGAGUUGACGAUGGAGUCUGACGCAAAUAGGAAUUGUGUUAAUUAAUUAAUGUAAAGAUCGUAUUUUUAGAUUGUUUAGCAAGCCAAUUAAAUUAUUUAGUAUCUAGUUUA